CAAAGAAAAUCAAAAUUAUGAAUCUGUAAAAAAAAUUAAAAGGGGCGUGGGUGUGUGUGUGCGUGUGUGAGAGAGAGAGAGAAAGAGAGAGUGAAACAGCGCAAAGAAGAUACAAAAUUGAGACGAGGCUGAACAAAAAUAAGAGUGUUUAGUUUCCCUUCUGAUGGUCGUGAGUGGUUCCUCCCCACUAACUUCGAAGAGGAGAAGGGUCACCAACUUUUGUUCCACCGACAUGGACGCUGAAACUGCUAAGGCCAAGCUUGCUGCUGUGAAAGAAAGAUUUGGACGAGAGAUCCAUGUUUUUGAAACAUCAGUUCUUUCUUCAUCUUCAAAGGCUGCGUUAUCCAAUGAAGGAGAGGAGACGGAUGACUUCUAUGAGUUUACUGCUGAAGAUUAUUACAGACUUUUGGCUACUAAAAGAGAAGAUAAAUUCUUGAAGACUCGAAAACUACGAGAAGCAGAAGAGGCAGCUCGUAGGUCAAGAAUAACCAAAGCUGUAAUCAGAAUUCGCUUCCCUGAUAAUCACACUUUGGAGGCUACAUUCCACCCAUCCGAAACAAUCCAGAGUUUAAUUGAUCUCCUCACUAAAGUUAUUGCACAACCAGAGCAACCAUUCUAUAUAUACACUACUCCGCCUAAGAAGGUGAUCAAUGAUAUGUCUCUGGAUUUUUACACUGCUGGCUUUUGUCCUGGUGCCAUUGUGUACUUCUCAUACAAUGUCCCAAAAGGUGAUAGCACUGUGGGUGACCAUACUAGUCCUUAUCUCCAAGAAGAUAUCUUGUCUUUAAAGGAUUUGCACAUUGCAAUUGAUCAAGGCCAGCAAUCUGAGCCUGUAGUACAGCCAGACCCUGAACCUACCGUAGCAGCACACCCCCCUCCUGUUGAAGAACGCAAACCCACCGAGAAAAAGGUUGUUAAACCAAAGUGGCUAAAAAUGUGAUUUCACUUUCUUAUAGGCCCAGUGAUCAUAUUGUUGCAGAAAAGGAGCUUCACUUGGGCUCUAUCUAGAUACAUACAUAUAAAUGACUUAUUGAGGUCACUAUUCUUGUGGAUUAAGACAUUAAAUCUUAGUUCAAUGUAUCAUGAAGGGUCCACAAGAACACAACAUAGUUACUUUUCUCUUCAGCCUUUCUUCCUUUUCUACCUUCUGCUUUUCCUGAAUUUGUAGAUAAUGUGUGCAAAUGUUGGAUAAAAUUCUUUUGGUGAAUGCAACUGUCUCGGCACAGGUGUAUGUGUUGUUUCAAUAGAAUUUUUCUUUGCUGCUGA